AUCUCGGGUUCGAAAUUCAUCUUGAGCAAUCACCUGUCAACAAGAGAUUGAAGAUUCGAGUUUUCACAUUAGAUUUAGUUCGAUGAGUUGGAAUCAAGAAACCAAGAACAGGCUGAAUGAAAAAGUAGCGCAGAAUGUGCACGACGUGGGUUCACUCGUUAGGCAUGUGGUAAAAACGUCGAAAUCAAGUGAGCUUCUGGCACAGGCUGCAAAGAAUUUCUCGUGUCAGGAAAAUGUAAUCCAUAAUUCAUCAGAGUCUUUGAAGAAGAUGGUUUUAAUCAAAACUCAGCUGGAGUAUCAGGAGUCAGCUAUUGAGAGAAGCAUGAGUACCCUUUCUGAUAUUCAGGAGCAGCUGAACUCCAUCAACAGAUGAUGGGAGAUUCCACUUCAGAAAGCGCUUUCAGAUAGAGAUGAAUAAUGAACGAUGUAAAUCUGUUGUCAUGUGACUGAACAAAAAUCUUGCAGCAUGUUCUAUGCUACUCUAUGAGGUGUCUAAACUUGUGGAUUUCAUAGUGAAGAAUUAUCAUCCCUAAUAUUUCACUGUUGCAGAAAAAAUGCAAAAAAAUGUAGUACAUUUCAGUGGCACAACUGAAGGGGGGGGGGGGUAACAAAAAUGGCCAUUUUGGGGUCUUCACCCUCCCCUAUUUUAGGGAGGGGGCGGAAAAGGUGCAGUACAUCUUUGGUUGCAAGCCCCCCUUGAAAUGUUCUACAUACGCCCCAAUCUACUUAAAAUUAGAUUAGAUUGCAUCUGCCCCUGCAUUUGCUUAAUAAUUAAACUUGAGUUAUAAUUGAAUAAUUUUCAAAUAAUUAAAUCUAUGUUUAUUUGCAAAAGCUAAAGUUACUUUUUUUAGUCCUGUACAAAAAAAUUCAUCUAAACUAUGAUGCAUGUGUUAUCACAUUAAAGUUUUAAAAAAAAUAUGUUGUCUUCGAGCGUUUAUAGCAAAUUAUGUGACAGAUUGAAUUAUAAGUACUUAUCACACCUUGAUGUUCUGAAAGGAUUUACGAUAUUUAUCAUGUUACUUUGUAAUUUUUUAAUAUAUUUUACCUCUGUUGUCAUUCUAAACCCACACACACAUAAUUAUAGAGAAUGCUCUGUCUUUGCCAUUCCAUACAAUUUUUUCAUUUUGUUCAAUGAUUUUUAACUAACAUAAACUUAUUUCUUAAUUUCUCUCUCCUAGGACAAAGGUAUAAUGAUAAAUCAAUCUCUACACUAAUGAACGAGAGCCAAGUUUGUUUGAAAAUAGUCCAGAGUUGCCCAGAUGGAUUAAAUGAAUUGGAAAAGUUUCUUCCUGAUAGUGUGUCCAAUCUUUUCUUAGAUAACAAGGAGUUUAUGAAUUCUGAAGUGUUUUCUGUAAGUCAUGGCAAUCUGACACUCUCCAUCAUCAGAAUCCAUUAUAAAGGAAAAACACUGCCCACAUUGCAGGGGGGGGGGGGGGGGGGGGGGGGGCAGAUCUCAACAUGCACAUAAACAGGUACAUGCUGUAUUGUUUGCCAGCCUAUCAUUUAACUUUGUUACCUUUACAGAGCUCAUGUGGGCCAGGUGUACAAAAAUGCAAUCCUCUGCUUCAAUGACAAUGAUGAAAUUUCAUUAAAACGUGAAACUUG